CGAAAUUGAAUCCUAUUCUGAACUGUGUGAUCUGAGUUCUACCGAUUUGUUAAGUGUGUUAGCUACUUUUGACUUGUAUGUCUAGUUCACUUUAAUUUCAUAGAGAAUCACCAUGUCGGUGGCGUUUGCACCUCACAGGCAGCGUGGGAAGGGUGACAUAACACCCGCUGGAAUACAAAAGUUACUUGACGAAAACAACCAGCUGAUCCAGUGUAUAAUGGACUUCCAGAGUAAAGGCAAAACAGCAGAAUGUUCACAGUAUCAACAGAUGCUGCACAGAAAUUUAGUGUACCUGGCCACGAUAGCAGACUCCAAUCAGAACAUGCAGUCUCUCCUCCCUGCUCCACCCACUCAGAACAUGCCCUUGGGCCCUGGUGGGAUGAACCAGAGUGGGCCCCCCCCUCAGCCUCCUCAUGGUCACAACAUGCCCUCUGAGGGUAUGGUCAGCGGUGGCCCUCCAGCCCCACACAUGCAGAACCAGAUGAAUGGACAGAUGCCUGGGCCUAAUCACAUGCCCAUGCAAGGUCCCGGUCCAGGUCCCAACCAGCCCCCAAACAUGCCCAGUGGCUCUAUGAAUAUGCCCCCCAGCAGCCAUGGUUCAAUGGGUGGUUACAAUCACACUGUCCCUUCUUCCCAGGGCAUACCAGCUCAGAGCCAAAUGAACAUGACCCAGGGCCAGCCCAUGGGAAACUAUGGGCCUCGGCCAAACAUGAACAUGCAACCCAGUCAAGGCCCCAUGAUGCACCAGCAGCCUCCCACUCAGCAGUAUAACAUGCCUCCUGGUGGUGGUGGACAGCACUACCAAGGGCAACAGACCCCAAUGGGCAUGAUGGGCCAGGUUAACCAAGGGAACCAUGUCAUGGGGCAGAGGCCAAUGCCCCCCUACCGACCCCCACAGCAAGGACCCCCUCAGCAGUACCCAGGGCAGGAAGACUACUAUGGGGACCAGUACAGUCACGCAGGACAGGGAGCCUCAGAAGGUAAUGCCCAGUAUGGCCAACAGCAGGAAGCAUACCAGCAAGGCCCUCCGCAGCAGCAGGGCUACCCUCCUCAACAGCAGUACCCGGGUCAACAGGGCUACCCACCACAGCAGCAGGGUUACGGUCCUGCCCAAAGUGCCCCAGGACAGUAUCCCAAUUAUCCUCAGGGGCAGGGACAACAGUAUGGGGGCUAUCGCCCUCCCCAACCUGGACCCCCACAGGGCCAACAGCAACGCCCCUAUGGCUAUGACCAGGCCCAGUAUGGAAAUUACCAGCAAUGAGAGAUGGUCACAUCAACCCACACAGCUCUGCUCUGAUCUCUGUCUGAGCUUUGACCUCUGGUCAGCUGCCAAGCAGACUCAAAUGAUGGUUGUAGCUCACUGAGAUUGUCUCAGACACGAACAUGCAACACUCAAAAAUACAAAAUACGUUUUCCCCUCUCUUUGGGCUCUUAUCCAAUGCCUAUAAAAUGUAUUUUUCUCAUGUACAUUGACUUGAUACAAGUCCAUGACUCACCCUCUGGUCCAGUAUGUCUCAAAGCAGCAAUGCCUUAAAAAUGGAACUGCCUUAUCCUUUAGCAUUGCAGAUUGUGAAACAAAAUUUUGGAUAUCAGAGAUAAAUGUAAAUGUACAGUUUCAAUCUACUGUGGUGCAUUGUUCCUCUAUCCUUCAGCUCCUUGUUCAUAAGAAGCAAUAAUGCCAGCAGUAGGGAAAUGUGUGGGGGCUUGGAGAUGAAAUAAUGCACCAGACGAACUUCCCGCUAGGCCAUGGUACGUGUCUUGAUGUAUGUGAUGAUGUAAAAAUAUAUUUUAUGCUUUUUAGAUCAAAAUAACUUUGUAUAAGACAUUGGAAACUAGUACUAAAGCGGUGUUGUUUAUUUCAUGUGUAUGUGUCAAUGUUUUUUUUUUUUUUUUUUUGUAAUGAUCCCAUCCAGCAUAUUGUUUUAUUUUUUAUUUUUGUUGUGUUGAAUUGUAUAACUAUUCAAUUGGAUCUGCUACGUCUGUGACAUGGGCACUAUGAAUUAUUUGUGUAAAAACAGAACAUUAAUUGACAUGCAAAGAAAUUCCUUGAAGGACAAAAAACAUACAUCAUACCUGGAAUUAGAAAAUGUUUAAUGUCUGAAAACGCAAGAAACAAUUGCUGUAUUCUUUGUUAAGCUGUGUAUUUAAAUCUGUGAGAAAAAAAAUCUAUAUCAAAUUUCUUUUUUUUUUUUUUAAACCACAUAACCUGAAGGUAUAAGAAUAAUGGCCACUGGCCUUUAUUUGACAAAUGUGCCCAAAGAUGUAAUAUGUAGCAGAAGCCACUGCAAAGUGUAAGUCAUUGCUCUCUGGAGUUUUUUUCUUCUUCUAUACAAGCACCUCAGUCUUGUCCGUUGACUGCACAUUGGUGAAUGGAAAAGAUCAAACUUGGUAUAAUAAAUGUUUCUAACAAGUAUGUUGUUUUGUUAGUCUUGACUUUGCUGGAAUCCCCUUUUCCCUUUUGAAUAAACGUCUAAGUUGAUGUCAUUCAAAUGGUGUUGUGUGUGAAUAAUAAAGAUUGUUACUGUCAAAUAUGUAACAUAAGAUGUGAAAAUAAUGUUCUCAAAUGGAUUCCUUAAUUUUACAGUAAAGACUGGUUGUGCAGUUUUAUAUCACUGGCUUGAUAUCUGUUUUAUGGUGCAUACUUUAUUGAUCCCAUAUGUACAGCAGCAUUAAAAAAAAGGAAUUCAUUGUUUAUGGCAGUUUUAAUAUUUGGCAUUCUGCACCCCAUCCAAGUGGUCACAUUUGUGUCAUGACAAUGUAUAACUGUACAUUACAAUAAAUUGGAAGAAUCUUUAAUAUA